AUGGUUUCACCCACAUGGCAUUUCUCCGGCUUCACAAAUGUCAAGGAACUUUACCAAAAGAUCGCAGAGUGCUACGAUAUUCCAUCUGAGGAUAUUUUGUUCUGCACGCUCAACACACACAAAGUCGACAUGACCAAACUUUUAGGGGGACAGAUUGGCUUAGACGACUUCAUAUUUGCACACCGAAAAGGUAGACCGAAGGAGGUGGAGAUCACCAAGACAGAGGACGCCCUCGGCCUCACCAUCACCGAUAAUGGAGCCGGCUACGCCUUCAUCAAGAGGAUCAAGGAAGAUUCCGUUAUAGACAGAAUCAAACACAUAGAGGUUAGUGCUCCUCUCAUUCCAGCUGUUGCUGCUGCUUUGUUACGUUUAAUUUAGCUUCUCCAUUAUAGA